AUGCCUGCCCCCGCUGAAUUCCUAAGCUAUGUCGACUCGCAGUCUGACCGCUUCAUCCAGCGCCUUUCAGAGGCCGUCAGCAUCCCGUCGAUCUCCGGGGACCCCGCGUUUCGCCCAUCUGUAAUCAAGAUGGCGCAUUGGCUGGACGGUGAGCUCAAGGCAUUGGGCGUCACCACCAAGCUUGCGGAUCUUGGCACGCAUGUCAUGGACGGGCAAACGCUCCAGCUCCCACCAGCCAUCUUGGGGCGGAUCGGCGACGACAAGAACAAGAAGACCGUGCUGAUUUAUGGGCAUUUCGACGUCCAGCCUGCAUCCAAGUCUGACGGUUGGAACACGGACCCGUUUGUCUUGACCCAGGAAUCUGACGGGCGACUGGUUGGGAGAGGAAGCACGGACGACAAAGGGCCAAUUCUCGGUUGGCUGAACGUUCUCCAAUGGCAUCACGAUACCCAGAAGCCUCUGCCCGUUAACCUCGUAUUCUGUUUCGAGGGUAUGGAAGAGAACGGCAGUGAGGGUCUCGACGAGCUCAUCGAGAGAGAGAAGGACGGAUGGUUCAAAGGCGUUGACUGCAUUUGCAUUAGCGACAAUUACUGGCUCAACGCACGCACGCCUGCCUUGACCUACGGUCUCAGGGGACUCGUCUACUUCAAAAUCAACGUAUCUGGCCCCGCCCGCGACCUUCAUUCUGGCACUUUCGGCCGCACUGUCCACGAGCCCAUGACCGAUCUAAUUUCCCUCAUGUCCCGACUCGUUGAUUCAAACGGCACCAUUCUCAUUCCUGGAGUCGACGAUAUGGUCCAUGCAGCAGACUCAGAGGAGCGGGCGAUAUACGAAAAACUCGAUUGCAGCGUUCAAGACAUCGAAACCGGUGUUGGCGCUCCCAUUGCUCUUUCUGACGAGAAAGUCAGCGUCCUUAUGGGCCGCAUGCGGCAACCCUCGUUAUCCCUCCACGGUAUUGAAGGCGCCUUCUACGGACCUGGAGCCAAAACCGUCAUUCCGGCCAAAGUCGCCGGCAAAUUCAGCAUCCGGCUCGUCCCCCCACAGACGCCAGACACCGUCGAGCCUCUCGUCCGCAAGUACAUCGAGGCAGAGUUCAAGAAGUUGAACAGCAAGAGCACUCUCGAUCUUGAGCUGUUGCACAGCGGAAAGCCGUGGGUAGCUGACUGGAAGCACUGGAAUUAUACAGCGGCAAUUGCGGCAACAGAGGCUAUCUACAAGCGGACCCCAGACCUUACUCGUGAGGGAGGCUCCAUCCCAGUGACCCUCUCAUUUGCUGAGGCGCUCGGUGUCAAUGUGUUACUGCUGCCAAUGGGCCGUGGCGACGAUGGCGCGCACUCGACGAACGAGAAGCUGGACAAGAGUAACUUCCUGGAAGGGACAAAGCUCCUCGGGACAUACCUUUAUGAAGUUGGUGCCGCGACUGCAUGA